UGAAAAUGAUCCCCACCCUUGGAGUGAGAGAAAACUUUGUGUUUUCUUCAAAAGUGUGUCCUCUGAGUUUUGUUUUUUAUGUUUUAGAGGAAUUAAAUAACAGUAGCUUAACUGUGAAGAUAAGAAAUAUUAUUGCAUUAUGGACUCAACCGUGCUGUAUGAGAGAAAGAUGAAACUAUCUUCCAAACUGGUGGGCCUGUGUCGAACCUGUUUGAAUUCUCAGGACGAGUCAGAAGCGGAUCUGUACCCUAUCAGCGAUAUCUUUCUCGAGGAGGAUGAAAUAACCAGCCAGGUUCAAUCAUUUCAGGAUGUUUUAUGCUUGUUUGUGGAUGACGAGAUUGACGAACAAAACCAACGGCUUCCUAAAACUAUGUGUUUGACUUGCAUUAAUAAAGCGAGAUCUGCGUUUCAGUUUAUUGAAAUGUGUCGCAAAACGGAUGCCUUGUUGCUAGAAUUGCUGAAAGACCAGAAAGAAGAGCAGGACACAAAACCGGUUAUCAGUGACAUUGGACUUGUGGACGAUCCUAACGAGGAGCAGAAGUCGGAACCAAUAGUUGAUGAAGCAGCGAAGAUGACUGAUACUGCUGCCCCCCAUCAUGAGGUAUUAAUAAUUGAAGAAAUUCCUAUGGAAGCAAUAGAAGACGCCUCUGAUCAUUUAGAAUUAGAAGUUAUCGCAUUUAAAGAAACAGAUCCAACAGAAACGCAACAAAAGCAAAAGCAUGUUUGUGAUAUCUGCCAAAAAUCUUUCACUCAAUCACAAACCUUGAAUCGCCACAAGAAAAUACACACCAGAGAUAGUGACCCCGGCAAGCCCUGUGACUAUUGUGACCGUACGUUUCUACGUUCGGAUGAUUUACGUCGCCACAUUCGAACACAUACCAAUGAACGCCCCUAUGCAUGCGAUCUUUGCAACCGUGCCUAUAAGCAGUCCUUCGAAUUGAAAGAACACAAGGAAUUGGCACAUCCCAAGUCAGGUGUUCGGAAACAUAUCUCUUGCACACUGUGCGAUAAACAACUGACCACGCGGAACGGAUUCUACGUGCAUAUGAAAGCACACCGCGGGGAGAAGAAUCACGAAUGCAUGUACUGCGGUAAAAAGUUCAUUACGUCGGGGGAGCUGUCUUCGCAUUUGAAGCAUAUUCACACGAACGAGGUUAAAGCGGAGCAGUUUCCGUGUGGCGUUGGAGAGUGCGCUAGAAAGUUCGUCACGAAGGCUUCCCUGCGUUAUCAUCGAAGCACCAAGCACGGUCCAAAACUAGAAACGGACUUCCUGUAGUAAACUAGUUGAAAGUAUGCUGACAAGGUAAGCUAAAUUUGAUUCUUUGAUUUAUAUAAAUAUGCAAACCAA